GAUAUUUUGCCUACAAAUGACAGACUUUUUCUCAUUAUGUAUUAAUUACCAAUCUUUUCAUUUGAUUUUGAAAGUAGUAGUAUUUGAGCUUUUUAAUUGAUCUUAUGACGUCACAUUGACGCGACAAUCUUGUUCGCUCGUGAAAGUUCACAACGUGGACUUUGGAUAGUUGUUAAUUUCGUGUAGAUUAUUUUAGGUGACUUCAGCAUCUUUUACUUUGCGAUGGAUAGGCUUUCUAAUUCAGUCAUGGUUAGCCUGGUGACUGGUGUAGCAUGUGGUGUUUGCCUUGGCUGGAUACUUCGUGGUAGAUUUCGGAAACCUUUAAAGACUCCACUGUUGCCAUCCAUUAAUGAUGUUGGAAAUGAAACAAGCAUCAUGGGUGAGAGUGGGGAAUACAAGAUGGUACUGGUGGUACGCAAUGAUUUGAAGAUGGGAAAGGGUAAAGUGGCCGCACAGUGCUCUCAUGCUGCAGUUUCUGCCUACCGACAAGUUCAGAAGCGAAACCCUGAGUUGUUGAAACAGUGGGAAUACUGUGGGCAACCAAAAGUGGUUCUCAAAGCCCUAGAUGAGAACACUUUGAUAGAACUGCUGGCCUUUGCUAAAGAACAGGGGUUAACUGUGAGCUUAAUCCAGGAUGCUGGACGUACUCAGAUAGCACCAGGUUCUCGAACAGUGUUGGGGGUUGGGCCAGGGCCUUCAGAAAUUGUGGAUAAAGUAACUGGCCAUCUAAAACUGUUUUGAUUGCAAUGAGAUCUUAAGGUGUAUGAGAAAUGAACUUCAUGCAAUGAUUAGUUUGAUAGUAAAGGAAUGUUAACUUAAAUAUAGUGGCAAGUGAUUGUUUAUUAGAAUAAUACUCUGUUAACCCACACAAUUGGAUACAAGUGUUUAUUUUUGAACAGUUGAAAGAACAACGUCCUUAACAGUGCAAUUAUUUUUUUAGUAUGUUGGGCUGCUGAGUAACUGGCAGUUCUCCAAAGAUGGUGAAAAGGUUAAAGUGUGGGGUACAAGUUUCUGCAGAGCCUUAUCUUUCACAGUAAGAACUACUACUCAGCUGUGUAGACUACUUCUAUGCAGUGUGCCUCCUAUAAGUUGCACUCCAUCCUUACAGCUUAUGUGUACUUCAGUGAUGACAAAAGAUCUGAAAAGCCUCCCGUUCAUAAAACUCUCCCCAGAGUAGUAUGUAUCCAGCAGUGCAUCAGCACGAUUUAGUGUCUCCACCCCCCCCCCCACAAAAAAUGCUCUACAGUCUCUGUUAGAACCAUGGAUUUUUUGCUAUUGUAGUGUAUGUUAUAGAUUUCCUGCUGUGCUAAGGACACUGUGCUUUCAAGUUACUGGAGACGAAUGAUGGUGUCUGGGUGGGAAGGUAGUAGCAAAGCAGACAGCUUUACAGCACUGUUCAUUCUCCAAGAUUGAGCUUUACUAGGAAGUUUGCUGCAGCCAUUAUUCAUUGAUUGUUUUGCUGGCAACAUUUUGAUAUUUUUGUACUGUGCUUGGGUUUAAAAAAAAUUAAAUUAAAUUAAACAUAUGUAAAGAAAAGAA